AGUAUGCUAUAUAACAUUAGGUAGGGCUGCUAGACACGGGCGGUCGCUACGAGCGGCCGGGCCGCGUGCUGCACCCGGGGCUGAGCAAGGCGGUGUACUCGCUGUGCUGGGGGGACGGCAUGCAGCUGUUUGCCAGCGGCGGCGGUGCUCUCGUGGUCUACAACGCCAGUAAUGUUGAUGAAGCUCCGCAACAGAUAAACGUGAACAUAGAAGGUCAGUCGUGGCAGAUCUGCGCGGUGUCGUGGACGUCACAGGGUCUGCUGGUGGGCUCACAGGCGGGGGCGGUCGCGUUGUUGACUCAGCUCGCACCGCAUACGCUUAUCGCUGCUGCCUUUGUUUUUACCAAAAUGAUACACGCAAUGGAAUGGCACCCUCAGCAGACCUCAAGCUCAAGUGAUCUGUCUCCAUACAAAAAUCUGAUUGCCGUCACCUCUCUGGCUAAAGAGAGCAAUAUUGUCGUACUGGAAUAUGGGACCAAAGAAGAUGGUACUAGACAGUUUACUACUUGGAAGACAUUGGUGGGACACAAGAAUCCGGUGCUUCAAGUCGCUUGGAAUCCACAUCGCGAUGGUCUGUUGGUGUCUUCAUCACAAGACGCUACUGUUAGGGUAUGGGAAAUGUCAUCAGGCACCUGUAUAUCAAUAUUCGGUGGUCACGCUCAAUCAUCGUUAGGCGUCACCUGGGUGAGCGAGCCGCAGUUACCGCAUCACGUGAUCACGGGCGGGGCUGAUGCUUGUCUGCGGGUCUGGGAUAUUUACCAGCAUAAGGCUGAAGAUUAUGAAGAAUUGAAACACGAAGUUCACUCAAAAACCAAACGUAAGAAAGAAAAUGCUAGCCGAACCGAACCGGACGCAACAGCGGCCGAACCAGAAAAUGUUGCCACAAAAAUAGAUAUUACUGCCAAAACACCGAAACCACCCAAAAAGUUCCUAUUGCCCAUAAUGUACAAACGAAUUUAUGAUCCACUUAAAAUAAUGGCACCGAAGAAAAUGCUACAAAUGUUUUUGGAAAAGACUGAACGUAAAGGCGAAAGGGGAGACGGAAUAGACAAUGUAAAUGAAGAAAAAUUAAAUACUGUUGAUGAAAAGGCGGGUACAACUUCCGUAAAAGACCAAAGUGUCAUAGAAGAAAAAGGCGAUGGUAUUGAAAAUACUAAUGCUAAAGAAACAGUAAAGACUGAAGUAGAAGUAGGAGAAAAUUCGAAAAUUAAAAUAGAAGAAGAAAAAAAGGAAACACGCAAGAAUUCUAGAGAAUUCAAUUUAGAUUUCCUCAAGAUUUUUGGCAGCAUAAGAGAUGUUAACGAAUAUUUGGAUUUGGAGAUGGCCAGUCACUUGCAGUCCUAUCACCCAGAAUCUUGGAUCAUGCUGUCGAUAUUCCGCGGACACAUCGACACUAUGAUACAAUUCGCCAGUAAGCGUGAUAUGCUCUGCCCCUUCCUGCUCAGUAUGGCGCCUUGCGUGUCUUUCAAAUAUUGGAAAGACGCCACGCAACUUUAUUUAGCGCAAAUAGAUCGACUUGUAGCCAAAGGUGAAGAAGAAAAACUUUAUGAUAACAGGCAUUAUGGUGGGUCGACAUACCGCAAGGCUGCCAUCUUACUUAGUAUGCACGAUGUGAUGGGCGCAGUCAAAGCUCUCUGUGACGGAAAGCUCUUCAAAGAAGCUUACAUACUAUGUCGGAUAAGAUAUAUGGACAGUGUUGCUACGGAAAUGUUAAGGAAAUGGGCUGUUGAUCUGAAGCUUACUGGGAACAUGCCCAUGUCGGCUGUAUGUUAUAUCGCCAUGGAUGAUCUAUCUCAAGCUGCUCAAGUACUAGCGAUGUCCCACGAUCAAGAGUGUCUCAGCCUAGCUGCGGAGAUCGCUAAGAUUGCAGGCAGGACCACAUUCGCAGACCAAGUAGAGAAGAAAGCUAAGGAAUCGAAAUCACAAACAUCUGAAAAGACUGAAGCGAUAUUAAAAGAACUUCCGUCGAAAAUUGAACUCCUUAUGAAGGAGAAUAAGGUUCAAAAUAGUGAUACGUUAAAUGGUGAAACCUCUAACAGUGAUAUUUUAAAUGGUGAUCAUUAAACCAACGAAUUAUUUUAACUUGUAAUGUGUAUUAUCGACUUGAGUCGAAUCUCAGUGUGCUGUAAAAAAUAGUCUCUUCCAUUUAUGAUAUUGCAUUUUUGCCCGACUGCCAAGGGUUACGUUUUCUGUGUAACAACUUUUCAGUAAAUACUUUAUGAAUUAAAUGUUUUUAAAAUAAUAA